CCCUUUUUUGCAGCCGUGCUGCCUGGCUUUUCCUCUCGUUUUUUUUUGCCAAUUUUCUCGGCCUCGCUCACGUUCUUUUUCACUUCUGAGAAGUCAACUCCCUUCUAAAGUUUCGCAAUGAAGAUCCCCACUACUUUGUGCUCUUUGUUGGUCCUCCUUCCUCUGUUAGUUCCCGUCAACGCCCAGUUUGGCGCCCAGGGCCAACGAGGUGGAGGAAAUAACAACAACCGCGGAGGAAACAACAACAACAACGGCGGCAACAACAACAACGGUGGAAACAACAACGGCGGUGGAAACAACAACAACAACGGCGGUCAGAACAACGGAGGCCAGGGAGGGGAUCCUCAAACCUCUUUGACCCUCGACCCCCGAGUCAUCGCUCAGGGCUUCGCCAACGAUGGCCAAGACGUUCCCGCCGAAGGCCAAGUGCGCUCCCUAACCUCCACCAACAACUUCAUCAAUUUCUGCCUCACUCGACCUGACCUCCCCAUUACCAAUGGACAGCAGAUCCAGACAGGAUCGUGCAACCCUGCUCCCAUUGGUAUCAUCCCCAACGUUGACAACAUGCCCUCCUCCAAGUUCGUGUUCCCACCGAACGGCGGUUUUGUUACCCCCAACCAGCAGUUCACCAUCCAGAUGGCGAUCAGAAAUCUGGCGACUGGUAACUUUGUUAAUGCUGCUCAGAAUUAUUUUGCUGCUCCCCAGCAACUCAACGGACAAGGAAUCAUCCUUGGUCAUUCGCACGUUGUUGUUGAGAAGUUGGACUCGCUCGACCAAACCACUCCCACCAACCCCCGUCAAUUCGCCUUCUUCAAGGGUCUGAACGGUGUUGCCAAUAACGGCAUCCUGACCGCUGAUGUCACCGACGGUCUUGAUGCGGGUGUCUAUCGUCUCUGCUCUAUCAACGCUGCUUCAAAUCAUCAGCCCGCCAUUGUUCCCGUUGCUCAGCACGGUGCAUUGGACGAUUGUGUCUACUUUACUGCAGGAAACCAACCGAACAACAAUGGUGGCCAGCAGAACAACGGCAAUAACGGGCAGCAGAACAACGGCAACAACGGCCAGCAGAACAACGGCAACAACGGUCAGCAGAACAACGGCAACAACGGUCAGCAGAACAACGGCAACAACGGCCAGCAAAACAACGGCAACAACGGUCAGCAGAACAACGGCAACAACAAUGGUCAACAGAACAACAACGGGGGACAGCAGAAUAACCAAAACCGAGGCGGCUUUGGUCAAAAUCGCGGCGGUUUCGGUGGCUUCGGCGGUGGCUUCAACCGCGGCGGCUUCAAUAACAACGGACGUGGGGGCUUCAAUCGCCCCAGGCGUCAUGCCGCUCGCGCUCAGCUGUAG